UUACCCAGUCCCUCGGGGGAAGGCAUGCUGUUGUUGGAGGCUGCUCAAGGGUUCAUGGUCAUGCUCGACAAACAGCUGAGGAUUCUGUUCGUGUCUGACAAUGUUUCACAUCACCUCGGCUACCAGCAGGUAAAUUAGCUCGGUUCUAGUUAUCAUUACAAUAAAAAAAAAUCUGUUGGAGAUAGGCAGAUAAAGUAUUUUAUCUGUUCACUCGCCUAAACUCUUUAAACGGUGCAUACAGUUUCAGUUAUCCUCAACAUCACAAUACAAUUAUUUAGAGAUUACACCUAUGUUAACCAUACUAUUAACAGAAUACAUGGAAUAUUAACAAUCUGACAUUUUUAUGUAAAUAUAUUUAUAUAUAUUGUGUGUACAUUGUUUCUUGAGUGUGUCAUUUUGGCAUCGUCUUAGUAUAAUUAUUCUUUUUAAAAAAAUUGAUCAAAAUCUGUUAGGGGAAUAUUGGUUGAGGCCAAUUUUGUAGAUUACCAUUUCAUCCACUUGCUAGAUAAAGUUUUUUUGUGUGGUAAUUUGAUCGCACAUUUCCACUUGAAUUCCAUGUACACUUGUCACCAUUGGACACUUUACUUAAAAUCCAUUUAGGGUUAGGUUUUAUGAUUAGGGUUUAGUGUUCUUCUAAAGUCUAAGGGGGUAGUCUAUAACCCAUUGAUGUAAUGGUGUGCAUCAUUUUUGUAAACUACUGCCUAUUUUGGUCCUUUUAACAGGUGAACAUGCUGGGACAAAGUAUUGAUGAUUACAUUCACCCUAAAGACCUGACAGAUCUUCUGGCUCACCUGAAGGGUGAACAGUUU